UCUAUAUUAUAUGUCAGUUUAUUUUAUAAUAUAUACAUAUAAUAUUGAUGGUGAGAAGAAAUUUGUUAGUGAGUGAGUACGAUCAAUGUUUGUAUGUGUGACUUUCUAAGUAAUUAAAUACAACUUAUGUUCUACGUUUACUGCAUUACUACUGAGGACUGAUACUUUAUUAAGAAAAAAAUGGCUGCCACCGUAAACUUAACAGUUUCAGAAAUUCUCAGAAGCAAAGCUUCAUCGGAAGAUGAACCAAAGAAAAAGUCCAGAGAAGACUGGAGAAAAGCAAAAGAGUUGGAAGAAGCAAGAAAGGCUGGAACAGCCCCUGCAGCAGUGGAUGAAGAGGGAAGAGACAUCAAUCCUCACAUUCCCCAGUACAUCUCAGCAGCUCCCUGGUACUUCAGCAGUCAGGGACCCACCCUCAAACAUCAGCGGAUACAGCCAGAGAGUGUCAAGAAACCCACCCCCAUAGACCUAUGGUACAAAAGGGGUGUUAAUACUGAAGUGAAACAUACCAAAUACCGUAAAGGGGCCUGUGAGAACUGUGGCGCACUGACACAUAAGCGCAAGGACUGCAUGGAACGUCCACGCAAGGUCGGGGCCAAGUAUACCAAUGCGGAGAUAGCACCUGAUGAAUUUGUGCAGCCUGUAAUUGAUGCUGACUAUGAUGGCAAGAGGGACCGCUGGGCUGGUUAUGAUCCUGCACAACACCGUACCAUCGUUGAACAGUACCACAAGAUAGAAGAGGCCAAGCGACAACUUCGAGCAGAGAAGUUAAAUGCUGCUGGAGAAGGACAAGGAAAUGAAUUGGAUGACGAAGAAGAUGAAGAUAAAUAUGUAGAUGAAGUAGAUAUGCCUGGAACUAAAGUUGACAGUAAGCAGAGAAUUACAGUUAGGAAUCUGAGAAUCCGAGAAGACACAGCAAAAUAUUUACGCAACCUUGAUCCUAAUUCAGCCUACUAUGAUCCGAAAACUCGUUCCAUGAGAGACAAUCCUCACGAGGACUUGGCCAAACAAGGAGAAGAAAUUGACUACGGUGGGGAGAACUUUGUGCGGUGGACGGGUGACACACGCAAACACGCCAAGGCACAGCUCUUCGCAUGGGAAGCGUACGAGAAGGGUGUAGAUGUACACUUGCUAGCCGAACCCACGAAACUUGAGCUACUGCAGAAGGACUAUGAGCAGAAGAAAGAACAGUUCAAGGACCGGGUGCAGCAGGAUGUGCUGGAGCGCUACGGAGGCGGAGAGCAUCUGCAGGCACCACCCAAACAGCUUCUGCUGGCACAAACUGAGGAUUAUGUGGAGUACUCCCGCUAUGGCAAGGUCAUCAAGGGUCAGGAGAAGAGCAUUGCUAGAUCCAAAUAUGAGGAAGAUGUAUUCCCCAACAACCACUCCUCUGUCUGGGGCUCAUACUGGCACAACGGGGCAUGGGGAUAUAAGUGCUGUCAUUCCUUCAUCAAGGGUUCAUAUUGCACUGGAGAGGCUGGCAAGAUAGCUGGUGCUGAUCUUCCUUUGCCAUCAGAAGUUGAUAAAACUAUAACUAAAACUGCUGAUUCAAGUUCAGGUGAAGAAAGUUCUUCUUCGUCAUCUUCAUCAUCAUCGUCUAGUUCGUCCAGUGAAUCUGAAAGUGAAGCAGAAGAGAAGAAGAAGGGAACUUCAUCGAAGAAAAAGAAGAAAAAUAAAAAGAAGUUACGAAAAGAAAAAUUGAGACAGAAGAGGAAAGAAAAGAAAAAAGAAGAAUCCUCAGAGGAUAAACUAAAAGCAGCUCUGAAACGAGUGGACGAGGAGCGAGAGGCAGCAGAUCGUUUGUUGAACAUGGACGAGAGGAAGAGGCCGUAUAACAGCAUGUUUGAUGUCAAGAAGCCUACUGAUGAAGAGAUGGAGGCUUAUUACAUGAAACGAAAGCGAGAGGAUGAUCCUAUGGCUUAUUUUAAGAGUUGAGGUUAUAAUGUUUGACUGUAAAUAAGAUCAUCCAAGUUUUCAUGAGAUCACCAGUUACAAAACUUAAAGGCCCAGAUCGUUACCAACAAAUCUUUAUCUCUUUAUCCCUACCACUAGUUGAAAAUCUAGUAAUCAUGUACAUAAAAUAUUGUUAUUGAUAAAGAUUUGUUGAUCUUUUAUAAUGUAAACAUUAUUUACUCGUUUGUAAAUAUUUUAAAAUAUUGUAUUAAUAAAAAUUAAAAUCAAUGAAACAUG